UACGCCGCGAGUGUUUUCCUAGUGCUUUAGUGUUACUUACGCCGAUAUAUUAAAUCGAGGAGAGAUCGGGCCCGCGGCGCGCGCCCAUCGCACGGUCGAACGCGGAAGUCUCGGCUGCCCAGAUUAUCUGGGAAUCCUGUUCCUGAGAUGCCUGUUAGACGGGGUCACGUGGCGCCCAGAACUACGAUCAUCGAAACAAUCAUCCGGAAGUUUGAUACGCACGAUCGAAGCUUCUUAGUGGCGAACGCGCAGCAGGGACUAUGCCACAUUAUCUAUUGUUCGGACGGUUUCUGCCGGCUUACGGGCUUCUCAAGGGCCGAGGUGAUGCAGCGACCGGCAGUCUGCGACUUCCUCCAUGGACCAAUGACAUCGCCGCACGCGGUUGCGGCCCUACGAGACGCCCUUGCCGCGGGCGUCGAAAAGCACUUCGAGAUCCUUUACUACAGGAAGGACGGAACCAAGUUUCUCUGCAGCGAGGUGAUAGCGCUAAUAAGGAGCGAAGUGGACGACAUUUGCCUGCAAAUCAUAAACUUCGAGGAUCUGAGCUCGCAGCCGCCACCGCAGCCCGCGAUCCCGCCGCCGAGUCAGGCCAACAACAGGCUCGCGACACGCUUCGACAGGGCAAGGGCGUCCUUCCGGGCUGGCCUGUCGAGGACCGGUGUCGUCGGUCCGCCGAGGGUCCGGAAUCGACCGCGCACGACGUCUAAUUUGCCACAUCGACUUGCCGACGGGACCAUCCUCGACGAGGACGCUUCUGAGAACUGCCCGUUAACAUGUGGCUCGCCCACAAUGAUGGAAUCUUGGGGCCCUGGGAGAACCGGCACACCCCCGCCGGGUCUACCACCGCCGCCGUCGGGCGGCGGCAACAACAAUGGUGGCGCAACAACGUCGGCGAUUACCCCGAGCAUACCGCAGCCCGGCACCACCGCUCCCAUCGCGAGUCCCGAAGGAGUGAGCGACGUCUCGCAAAAGUCGGGAAUCUGGGAGGGCGCGAACUCGUCUUCGGCGGGUGCCGCGGAGGGUCCUUCACGGAGUGUCUCUCACGCGGCGAGUCUGGACGCUAUCUCGAAGCGAGCGGUAAAACCGGAAACGGCGAGAGCACCUUGUCGCAGUCUCACCUGCAGCGUUUUAGCGGGCCGAGGGAGCGAACACGUCACCCUCGAGCGACGACCAGCGACAGUCGAUAAUCUGGCCGAAGCAGCGAAACAUUCGAAAAUCUUUCCUGGCGUCGCUUCUGAAAGCGAUUUGCAGAAAUGGCGAACGUCCAGGGACAGGAAGUCGCCGUCUCUGAGUCAGAUGGGACCGGAUUCCAUUAAACACAAAUUUUCCUUACAAGACAAUGGAUCUGCGAAGUAUUUUCAAGGAGCGAUGCACACACCAAACAUGGGAGAAAAAGUUGCUCAGUCUUCAAUAUCGCCUGUGCAGGUGCUGUCCCUCGGAGCAGACGUCCUCCCGGAGUACAAAUUACAGUCCCCCAGAAUCCAUAAGUGGACCAUACUGCACUACUCGCCGUUUAAAGCGGUCUGGGAUUGGAUUAUAUUGCUGCUCGUGAUGUACACCGCCAUAUUUACGCCGUACGUCGCCGCGUUUGUUCUAUCGGAUCCGGAUUACAACAGCAGAAAGAAUAAGAAGUACAGUGAUGACCCCAUCGUUAUUAUAGACUUCAUAGUCGACGUCACAUUCAUCGUGGACAUCAUUAUAAAUUUUCGCACGACGUUCGUCAACAGCAACGAUGAGGUGGUCUCCCAUCCUGGAAAGAUAGCCGUCCAUUACCUGAAGGGUUGGUUCAUCAUCGACUUGGUAGCUGCCAUCCCCUUCGACCUCCUACUCGUCGGAUCGGACACUGACGAGCUCGGCUUGGACAAGGACGAGACGACGACCUUGAUCGGACUUUUGAAGACGGCCCGUCUGCUGCGCCUUGUCAGGGUGGCCAGGAAGAUCGACAGAUACAGCGAAUACGGCGCUGCCGUUUUGUUACUCUUAAUGGCCACUUUUGCCCUUAUUGCUCAUUGGAUGGCGUGUAUAUGGUACGCCAUAGGAAACGCCGAGAGACCGACCCUGAAGAGCAAGGUUGGUUGGCUCGACAUUCUAGCCAACGAUACGCAUCAGUUUUACUUUCACAAUAACACCGGCGGGCCAAGCAUAAAAAGUCGUUAUAUCACGGCACUAUAUUUCACCUUCAGCAGUCUCACGUCCGUAGGCUUCGGAAACGUGGCGCCGAAUACCGACGCCGAGAAAAUCUUUACAAUAAUCGUCAUGCUGAUCGGAUCCCUGAUGUACGCCAGUAUCUUCGGUAACGUAUCGGCGAUCAUCCAGAGGCUAUACAGCGGCACCGCCCGGUAUCACACGCAGAUGCUCAGGGUCCGGGAAUUCAUAAGGUUCCAUCAGAUCCCGAAUCCGCUCCGCCAGCGACUGGAGGAGUACUUUCAACACGCGUGGACCUAUACGAACGGGAUUGAUAUGAACAGCGUUCUGAAAGGGUUCCCCGAGUGCCUUCAGGCCGACAUCUGUCUUCAUCUCAAUAGGAAUCUUUUAAACAAUUGCCGAGCCUUCGAGGGGGCCAGUCCAGGCUGUUUAAGGGCAUUAUCCUUAAAGUUUAAGACGACGCACGCGCCACCGGGUGACACUUUAGUCCAUCGAGGGGACGUGCUGACUUCCCUGUAUUUUAUAUCCCGCGGAAGUAUCGAGAUCCUUAAGGACGACAUCGUGAUGGCCAUUUUGGGCAAGGACGACAUAUUCGGCGAGAAUCCGUGCAUUUAUCCAACGGUCGGAAAGUCGUCGUGUAACGUUCGCGCCCUUACGUAUUGCGACCUUCACAAGAUCCAUCGGGACGACCUGCUCGACGUCUUGGCACUCUAUCCAGAAUUCUACAAUCACUUCAGCCAGAAUCUCGAGAUUACUUUUAACAUGCGAGAUGAGGAGCAGGCUGGUGUCGAUCCAAUAUCAGCAAGGUUUCCUGUCAGUACUCCGACCGACGUCGAUGUCGACGCCAGGAGGUUCGCUUUCCGUCCACCAAGAUACCGUCGGGGACCCAGUGCUGGUCCUGGCACAAAUCUUAUUCCCACAGGUCGACAAGACUCCUUGCAGGACGACCAGGAUGACUACGACAAAGGUAGCGGUCAUGGUAUCUUAGAGUUCAGCACGGACAAGGCGGGUCAAGACGUGACACCGUUGAAUUUGGAAUUCGACGAGCCCAAACAGAGAAGCUCGACCUUAAACUCGAUAACGGGCAUGCUAACCCAUCUCAAGCGCAGCAUACCGGAUCUACGUCAGCACAAGAUUCAUCUGCAGCCGCUUACCAGUCACGAUUACCUCGCGAAACAAAUGACCACGCCGCUGACGAAACCGGCGCGCCGGAGUUCCGCCGCCGGCGAGAGUUGCCUCAGUCAAAACGUCGUUCAUCCCACUUCGACAACGUCGAGCCACUACACCACACCAUCGCCCCCGCAGCAUCCUCAUUCCCAUGGCGACUUUCAGAGCGGCCCGGGUCGGCCGGUGGAGGAGAUCAACGCUAGGAUCGAUCAGCUGUCGCGGCAGGUGUCCACGUUGGAGCACUCGAUGGCCGGCGACAUCAGGCUGAUCCUGAGCCUGCUCCAGCAGACGCUCAACUCGUCGAGGGAGAGUUCGAGCAUCGAGAUGAUGCCGGGAACCGCGCCGGUCGGCGGCGCGAGGCAGCCGACCAGCAGCCGGGCGCCGGCGUUGGUCCAGAGAUCGGCGAGCGAGCCGCAGCCACCGACGGUCCCGGCGGGCAACGGAAACGGGAAGAUCCAGCCCAGCACGUCGCACGGCUUGUUCAGACCUCCCAUGAGGGAUCAUCCAAUCUCCACGUCGUCGGGAACGUCACGGCUGACCGUCACGUCGGACACGUCCGCGCUCGCCACGGCGCUGCAGACGGCGUUGAACGGUCGGACCGGGCCUACGAGGUCGCAGAGCCAGCCGGUUGAUCUGGCGGUGCCGACCAGCACGCAGCAGCAGCCGCAUCAGGCAUCCCACGCCGGUUGGCACAGCCAGCCCGCCGCUUUCAGGAGGGGCGAAUACCGGAGUGGAUACAGCUCGUUCAAUAAGCGAUCGGAGCCGGAGGGCGAGGAUCCGUGGAGCUGCGUGGUGCCGGAGGACAGCCGAGGCGGCCAGCGUCCGCGCAGCGGGGACUCGCGCAAGGACACGUCGAAUCAUCGCGGCGGCACGUCGGAGUCGACGUCGGGGCAACAGGGUCGGUCGGGGGACAGCAGACACGAGGGUAGCAGUAGGGGACAGGCGAGCGGGCCGCGGCAGCAGGACUCCUCGAGGCAGACCAGCGAGGACAUGUCGUGGGAGUUCACGAUAAACGAGGCGCCGAUCGCGAGGCUCGAGUCGCUGGACGAGCUCGAUCAGGACCACGGUAGUUAA